AUGCAGUCGAAUCUGAGGGCUCAGGCUGAAUUGCAGGCCCAGAGAAAGAAGCAGCUCGCAAACUCAUACAAACAACUCCUCGAUGAAUUCUCCGCGAGUGAUCUGAAGACGGUUGGCAGCUACAGCCUUGGGCGACUUAUAGGAAAGGGAAGCUUUGGAAAGGUGUACCUCGCGUCUCACAAGCUCACCAAUGGCUCGAAGGUUGUGCUCAAAUCCGCGAAGAAAGACGACACAAACUUGGCUCGCGAGAUACAUCACCAUCGGCAGUUCCUUCAUCCGCAUAUAGCACGAUUAUAUGAGGUUAUUGUCACGGAGACGUUGGUUUGGUUAGUGCUGGAAUACUGUCCAGGCGAUGAAUUGUAUAACUAUCUCCUCAAGAAGGGUGCAAUCGAGCCAGCCAAGGUCCAGAAGAUCUUCACCCAGCUCGUCGGCGCCGUCUCCUACGUCCAUAAUAAAUCGUGUGUGCAUCGCGACUUGAAACUCGAAAACAUCCUCUUGGAUAAACAUGAGAACGUGAAGUUGGUGGAUUUUGGAUUUACAAGGGAGUACGAGGGAAAGUCCAAUUAUCUCCAAACAUGGUGUGGUACGGUGUGCUACAGUGCGCCCGAGAUGCUAAAGGGGGAGAAGUAUGCAGGUGAGAAGGUGGACGUCUGGAGUCUGGGAAUCAUUCUUUAUGCGCUAUUGACCGGCGAGUUGCCAUUUGAUGAUGACGAUGAGACGGUUACGAAGAUGAAGAUCCUCAAGGAAGAACCAAACUACCCGGACAACUUUCCGCCUCAAGCAAAGGAACUAUGUCAAUCUCUACUGUCGAAACGACCGAUCUUACGACCCACCCUUGCCGAUAUUCUUCAAAACCCUUGGCUAGCAGAGCAUGCACCGCGCCAACAGGAGAUACUCAAGUUGCAACAACCUGCCCCGUUCACAACAGAUCUGGAGAAGGAGGUUUUGCAGCGGAUGCGUGCCUCAGGCGUUGAUAUUGACAUGGUUAUUGAGAAUGUACUUGCGCAGCGGUGCGAUGCUCUUGCUGGGUGGUGGGCAUUAUUGCUUGAGAAAGAAGAACGAAAGGCAAGACGCAGGGAGCGAAAACGCAAAGAGAGAGAAGCAGAAGCAAAGAGCCUACGGCGCCUGAGUGCCGCAAGUAGUCGAUUGGACAAGCUUGCGCCGACUAUACGAGAAACCGACGAAGAAGGUCUUCCCUCCCCAUCGCUGAUGCUUGGUGAGCCACCAAAGGGCCGCGGUAGGGCUCUAAAGCGGACAAGUCUACAUGGCGGUCCUUCUGAUCUUCCACAGUUACCGGAGUCUGGAUUGACACCAGAGCCAGACGCCGAUAGGCCUCCGCCACCCAUCGAGAAAGAUUAUGUGCGUAGCUCAGGAUCCUCCUCUCGUCCGCCACUACCGCCUAAGGAACUCGAUAGGCGGAGAUCAAGGGGCAGCAUGUUGCAAGUUGUAGCUACAAAUCCCGAUCUGCUUCAUCCGAACGGUUUCGUUCCAAAGCGCCGCCGAAGAUAUCAGCAACCAUUUAUCAAUCAGCUCACAUCUCUGAGGAACUGGAUCAAAGAAACAUCGAAAAGAGCACGAUCACCAAACUCCAAAGCAAGUAGCGCCAAAUCUCCGACCCUAACCCCAAGUAAAUCGCCUGAAUCCAGAGCUAGACGCUCGAGUAAUGCGAAUCGAAAUUCUACUAUUCAGGCGCAUCCAAAUAUCAUUCCCUCCACCCACGUUCCUGCUCGGCCUGGAAUUUCAAGUCAUGGAUCAGGGAAGCGGCCUUCGGUUUCACCGGCACCAUUGACACCUCGAGGUUCCUAUCGGCGAUCAUCUGGCGGUCUCCGCGGUCGAAAAUCGACCUCAUCAUCAGUAUCUUCUAUACGAUCCAUGCCUCACCACCAUCACUCGCAUUCCAAAGCAUCCUCGACAUCGUCAGCUUCUAUAACCUCGCCCACAGUAUCUAUCUCCGGUCACAAAACGAAAUCGCCUCACUCCUCAGUCAAGGUCCUCCCCGCCACCCCUACCGGAUCGUCAUUUCCCACCAAUAUUCGACUUGUGCGGGCACCCCUGAGUGAAGGAGGUGCCGCAUUCGGCGCUGCGCCACCUUCCUCCCCUGGCCUUAUCUUCGCAAAACGUAAACGUAGUCCUUUCAAGGGGCCCAUGUUAACUCUCGGCCAUGGCAGUCCAGCGGCAGGAAGAAUGAGGAAUGAAGGAAACUCGAGAAGUACAAGCAUCCAGGGAAGGAAAAGUGGCGAGUUUCUCGGUAUCACUGAAGAAGACGAAGAGGAAGAGGAAGACAUUGAGGAGGUUGAAGAAUUUGGGCCGCUUAUGAAAGAUGGAGAGUUCGAAGAAAUCAUCCAGACGUCCACAAUUUCGGAAAAGCUAGUGGCACCAGAGCCACUCAUGGAAGAAGACGACGACUAUGACGGCAAAGACGGAUCCAUCGCGGUACUUGGAGGAAAUGAUGAAGGAAAGACAAAAGAAAAAGUGGAAGAUCCAAAAGUGGCAUAA